AUGUCUUCCACUUCAUCGCCGGUAAAGCGCUUUAAAAUAGCUUUCGAUGCGACGGACAGUGUCUGUCACCCGAAGCCCACGAAGUUCUUCGCCAUUGAGUCCAAAGACGGUCACAUCAAAGGUCUCAAGACUCGCAUCCAAAACAAGUUUGCCAUCGAUUAUGACUGGGAUCUGAUGAUCGAUGACAUUGUAGUCGACGACUACCCGCCCGUCGGUAUCAUUGGAAGAGAUGAGGUGACAGUCAUUCGUCGCAAACCAAUCACUGGUCACUCAAAUGAAGCCAUCAAUGGUUUGUCUCAAGACAUGCACUCCAUUGAAGUGCAGAUGGAUUCACAGGAGUCGGUGACUAUUCCACAGAUUUUAGCCACAAAUAGACCACAGAAGAGGAGGUCUGAAAAGAGGGUCCGAUGGCUGACCAAUGGAUCCAAUGGGUGGACCACUAGUGGUGAAGAGGUUUCAUGUGAAAGCAGCCAAUCAUCGACUGAAGAGAUCAGUGGUUUGAUUGUCAAUGAAUUGAAUGAACAGAUGAAUGGAUCCCAAAGUGACGGCUUAUCGCAGGAGCGGUCGAGGAAUUCGGCGGACAAAUUACUACCAAAACACGAAUUCAUAGAAUCGGUGCACAAAUCACAAAAGUUUUUGUCGCUCAGGUUUUUCGUGUCGUUUGUGUCACUACUUGGUUGCGCUGUCAUGUAUAUGACCAGGGUCAAUAUCAAUGUGGCCAUCGUUGAUAUGGUGAUUAGUGUACCGCAAAACAGUGCCAAUGAUCCUCUCAAAAAUAUAUCAUCACUUCAUUCUGAUGAAUGUCCGGCUGAUGUUGUCAGUGAUGGCAAAGUCUCAAUUGUAGGAGUGUUUGACUGGUCUCCACCCACCCAGGGAAUUGUACUUGGUGCUUUCUAUUAUGGGUAUGUUUGGCCGCAAAUAAUAGGUGGCCGACUGUCAGAACUAUAUGGCGCUAAAUAUAUGAUCGGAACCUCAAUAUUCAUAUCGGGAUUAAUCAAUCUGUUGACGCCAUUCAUAAUUCACUGGCAUUUCUAUUUAUUCAUUGCAUCCAGAGUUGUGUUGGGAUUAGUUCAGGGCAUACUAUUCCCAUCAUUCAUGGUAUUGAUGUCCAGAUGGAUCCCACCUGAAGAGCACAGCACUUUCAUACCCUGGUUGGAUGUCGGCUGCACUGUCGGCACAAUUGUCUGCUCUGCCGGCGCCGGACAUCUCAUUGAGAACAAAGUGAUGGGCGGUUGGCCUUCAGUUUUCUACAUAUCUGGUUUGGCUAUCACUACGUUGAGCACCGGCUAUAUCGCAGAUCUGAUUAUUGAGACCAAAAGGAUUAGCAAAACAAAUGUGAGAAAACUAUUUCAGACCAUAGCUGGUGUAGGGAUGGCUGUGGCUCUAGUGAUGACCACUUAUGUCGGCUGUGAUAAGACUAUGAACAUUAUGUUACUGACCAUUUGUAUGCUUGUGAUGGGCUUUACAUCCGGUGGUGACGCCCCUAUUGUGGUCGAUAUGACUGAGACAUACGCGGGAACUGUAUUUGCAAUCAUGAACUCAAUCGGAUCUAUCAAUGGAUUCAUUGUUCCCUAUUUUGUGGGCGUUAUUAUCGAUAGUAAUCCACAUUCAAUGCAUACGUGGAGUUAUCUCUUCUACUUCUCGGCCGUAUUGGACAUAAUUGGAGUCAUUUUGUUUGUCAUGUUUGCUUCGGCCGAACCACAGCACUGGGAGGCUAUUGAUACCGACGCUGACUAUACCGUGCUUUUUGAUAAGAAAGAAAUUGAGAAAAAUUUAGCAAAAUUUAGUCUUUGA